ACCACGCCAGCACACUACUCGCCACCACACCAGGCCCUCGUUCUCCUCUUCGUGCUCUCUUCUCUUGCAUCAAAGCUCUAGUCUAGCAUCAAAUCUGAUCAACGCUUCUAACGCGCGCCGGCUCCCAAAUACCAUAGGCGGCAGCAUGGACGGCCAAUAUCGCGAAAAGAACACACCGUCUCCCAAUGCCUCUUCUUCCCUCAUUCUCAAGCGGCAAUUUCGGGAUCUACAGAAGCAUCCUGUACAAGGUUUCUCCUGCGGUUUGCCGGAUGAGUCCAACUUUUAUGAGUGGGAGGUGCUCAUCAUUGGACCACAGGAUACAGUUUACGAGGGCGCCUUUCUAAAAGCGCGCUUGACGUUUCCACGGGAGUACCCGCUUCUGCCUCCCAAGAUGCAGUUCUUAACAGAGAUGUGGCACCCGAAUAUCUACGCUGAUGGUAAUGUCUGCAUCUCAAUCUUGCAUGCGCCCGAGGAUGACCAAUAUGGCUAUGAAGAUGCAGGCGAGCGCUGGCUUCCUGUGCAUACAGUCGAGACAGUGCUGAUCUCUGUCAUAUCAAUGCUCAGCUCACCGAAUGACGAGUCACCUGCGAAUCUGCCCUGCGCACAGCAACUACGGGAAGAUCCCAAGGGCUUCAAGAAGAAAGUACGCGCAUUGGUGAGGAAAUCUGGGGAAGACGCGUUUGACUAGAAGCUUGAGUGGACGUCUGGUGUAAUGGUUUUGCUUUGUUUCACAGCGCCCCUUUUUUGAUAUGGUAUCCUGCAUUCAGCCCGGAUGGAGUGUUCGGUCUCUCUCUCUCGCUCUCUUACUCACCCCGAUCAGCUCUCUACUGUAUGCAUUAAUGAUGUCUUCUGUCCCUCGUACAUAUCUUGCCCCU